GUCAGGCUGCACGAUCAACUGAUGGACACACAGAGGCUCACUUGCUUUCUCUUUCACAGCCCUAUAUCCUGUCUUUUCUGGACAGGACACCGGUCAUUUUGUGGACUUUCUUUGCCUUUUUCUUCUUCGAAUAAUCUGUGAGGUUAAAUAGAGUCUUAAUCUUCUUUCCCCUCGCCCUUUUGGAUCUUCUGUUUUUCCUGUUGGGAUUGUUUCCUCUAUUUUCUUCUCCAGUCUGAUUUCCUGCUCUCCUGUGAGCGUAUCAAUCUUUGUAUUUUCCCCAACUCUCCUGCUCCUUUUUUCCUAUCUUCCACUGUUCCCUGUCUCCUUGUGCGUGGUUUUUGUGCCAUGCUCUCCUCGCCCACUGUGAUUCUCCAGCCCUAUGGACUUCCUGUCUACCCACAGGCAACCACAUGCUACCCCAGCCUAGUUCAGGGAGGCCCCGGUCAGGAGGCCGGCCCCGGCAGCGGGGACCCCAACCUGUCCCAGGUCUACGCCCCUCCUCCCUCAUACCCCCCCCCAGGGCAGUGUCCACCCACAUCUGCGGGCAGACUGCCUCUUGAAUUCACCUCUGCACACCCCGGCUCAGAGUACGCUGAACACUCCCAGCUCAGAAUCUACCAGGGGCCCCAGCUCGAGGGGGCCGAGGUUCUGACGUCCAGCCACGCGGAGGAUGGUUUGGCCGCUGUGAACUCUGACCCCCUGUCGGUGUCAUCAGGGGGCGGGGCAGGAGAUGGAAGUGACGAGGAGGGGUCCAAUAAGGCCCAACCCAAACGCCUCCACGUCUCCAACAUCCCGUUCCGCUUCAGAGACCCGGACCUCCGCCAGAUGUUUGGGCAAUUUGGGACGAUCCUUGAUGUAGAAAUUAUCUUCAAUGAGAGGGGGUCCAAGGGCUUUGGCUUCGUCACAUUCGAGAGUGCAGGUGAGGCGGACCGAGCCAGAGAAAAGCUGAACGGGUCGAUUGUGGAGGGGAGGAAGAUUGAGGUUAAUAAUGCAACCGCAAGAGUAGUAACCAAGAAGCCCCAGACGCCGCUUGUAAACAGUGAAAUUCCAACUUCUGGAUGGAAGAUGAACCCCGUCAUGCAGGCGAUGUACGCACCUGAACUCUAUACAGAUCCCUUUGUAAUGGCCGGUUUCCCCUAUCCCAUGGCCGCUCCCACGCUGGCGUACCGAGGCUCUGCGCUGCGGGGGGGGCGAGGCCGCGCCGUCUACAGCACCAUCCGCUCUGCUGCCGCCGCGCCCACUGCCGUGCCCGGAUACCCCGGGAUGGUGUAUCAGGAUGGACUGUAUGGAGCAGAAGUCUAUGGUGGCUAUCCUGCAGCUUACAGAGUGGCUCAAUCAGCGUCUCCUGCCACGGCAACCUACAGUGACGGAUACGGACGUGUUUAUACGACAUCUGCGGACCCCUAUCACCACGCAGUCGGACCAACAACAACAUAUGGCGUUGGUACAAUGGCCAGUUUGUACAGAGGAGGAUAUAACCGCUUCACCCCGUACUGAGCCACACACCCACACACACGUCUCUCUGCCUCUGGGAUUGGCUGAUCCAUGGACGCUGCAGGACAGAUUGUGAGAUCCUUGGAGAACGUGGAGAUAGUUUUACUUCCUGCUGUCAUCACAACCUCUCCUCGAGAGACUAAACAGACUGAAGAUGUAAAUAGUGUAGCACCCAUUCACUAUCCUUUCUACCGAUGAAUACUUAGCCCCUAGAAGAGGAUGUUAUUUAAUAUAUAGACAGUUGCUUAAAACCUUUAAAGGAUAAUUGUUUUCUGAAUUUAAAGUUGGCUAACACGGCAGAAGUUAGUGAAAAUACUGUGAGAGUUACUUUUGUGAAUAUCUGAGAUUUAUCAAGUUUCAUGUCAUAGUUUGUACAAUGUUAUUAUUUAUGGUGACAAUUAUUAACUAAAUCUCUGUGCGUGUGUGUGAGAGUGUGUGUGUGUGUGUGUGUGUGUGUGGUGUGUGUGUGUGUGUGUGUGUGUGUGUGUGUGUGUGUGUGUGGUGUGUGUGUGUGUGUGUGUGUGUGUGUGUGUGUGUGUGUGUGUGUGUGUGUGAGUGAGCAUAUGAGUGAGGUAAUUCAUCUACAUUGUUCAGUUACAGACCCAGCUGUGACACUGGUUUCAUUAUUACAAGCAGAUAAGUAAUGUUUGUUGGGGUCUAGUUGGACUUUCCUUUUCUUUCCUUUUCUUGUCUUUCUAACAAUCUACCUCUCAUUCAUUUUCAGCUUUUAAUACUGCUUUCAUUAUAAAUCCUGUAUCCCUUUCUGUGUGUGAUAUUUGACUCUGCAGAGCUUUUUCUCUCUCUUUACUUUUCUUCCAGUAAAUGCUGAUUUUACAUAGUUUAGUUUCUGUGGCUCCGUACCUCACUACACAAAGAGCCCUUUUUCUCCUUUACUCACCCAGGGAAGGUUUGUUUUUCUAAACAUUCUCACAGUUAUACUCGUCGUGUUCAACUGGGCGCUGCGGUAAGAAGCAGUGUUCUGCUGUUGGCUUUAUUACACAAAUACAGAUUAGAACCAUUUAAAUGAUUCAGACCAGAGUCUGCUCAGUGUUACAGUUCAGGUACCCUUCUUUUCCCUUGUCUAAAUGAUCCUUAUUUCACUCUUUACUGUCGUCCUUUCCUCUGAACUGUUGAAUGACUUCUUGGUUUGUAUUGAUAGUUCCUCCUUGGCCUACUCUCUGUUUCUGUUGCAUUCUUUUCUGCUGUGUUUGAUGUUUACCUCUAAAUAAAAAAUAUGUUCUCUCUCUUUUCCUAUUCUGUCCUUUAUUGAUUUGUAAGAUUUUCCAUUCUUUUUUUAUUCCAUCUCUUAUUCUUUACUGUGUCCUUCUCCGCUGCUCUGAUACCAAAGAAGACUUGAUCCUUGAUCAUUGUCACAACACAAAUCCUAAAGCAGCCUCUUUCCUUUUAUGUCUUGCACUUUGUUUCCUGCUUCUACUUUCUAAUUAUAAAGCUUUUUACCUUGUAACUGACAUUUCUGCUAGUCUUACUCUUUCUUUUUUCUUCUGUCCUAUAUAUAUAUAUAUAUAUAUGCUCAUGAAACUUCUCCUUCUAUCUAAUCUAUUUUCUGACCUAAAUUAACUGAUUUUACUCUGCUCUUUAUUAGUAGUAGAUUUCGUUUUAUCAUGAUUUAUAUUUUAAUCAUCUUCUAUCUCUGCUUUUUAACUUUCCUCUGAGUGACUCAAACCUUUGCUUAUGACUUUCUCUUUGCAUGCAUAUUGUUCUGCUCCUCUGCACUGUGCAGGUCUGGCUUUACUUUCUUGUAUUUAGCUUUUUCCUUGUCGUACUUAGUGCUUUCUGUCUUCUGAGUGGAUUUAUAGAAUUCUGAGCUGCAGCCCUUCUUUAGAUCCUUUCUCUUUCAUAUUGCUCUUUAUAGUUUAUUUUUCUCUUGCGAAACAACGUCUCUUGCUGUACAGGUUCUGUUUCAUUUCUCCCCCCCUCCUCUCUCUACAAGAUGAUUUUUUCCGACCUUGGUAUUAUAUGGGGCUUCAUUUUUAUCAGGCUUUCAUUGGAGGUUAAUACAGAAAUGUCAUGGUUUCAUUCAUUUUCAUCCUUCGAGGCACUAUAUGUAUACAAAGUAAUGCUUUAAAACAAUUUCUCCUGCUUUUCCUAUUUGUUGAAUUCUCUUUCUUUCGUUUUUAGCCCAUCUGCAUGUAUAUUAACAUUUAGUUACUGCUCUACUCUCUCCUUUUUUCUGUCAUUUAAGCUUUCUAAUAUUUUUUCACCAUAAAACUCCAACUUCAUUUUCCAACAACUCCAUUCAAUUCACUUUGACAUCUUCUUGCAGCUCAAAUGUGUUUGCCGAAGUGAAAAUGUCAACCAAAGCUGGGUAAAGGCAGAAAGUGAAGGAAACUCUUCAAUUAUCCAGCUCGUGUCACUCACAAUAAAACGUCCAUGCCAAA